AUGGUGGAUAGAGGAUUAAAAAUGGCACGUUCACUAACAGAUUUACAGCCAAAUGCAUUGUGCAAACAAGUUCCUCCGUGGUUUAUCACUCACCCUUCAAAUCUCUAUGCCUAUGAAAGUAUGGACAUCGAGUUUGAAUGUGCGGUCUCUGGAAAACCAGCCCCUUCAGUACAGUGGAUCAAGAAUGGAGAAGUUGUCAUUCCUAGUGAUUAUUUUCAAAUAGUGGGAGGCAGCAAUCUGCGGAUCUUGGGCUUAGUAAAAUCAGAUGAAGGCUUCUACCAGUGUGUAGCUGAAAAUGAAGCUGGGAAUGCACAAACCAGUGCACAGCUAAUCAUCCCCGAACCUGCUAUUCCAAGUUCCAGGAUCCUUCCCUCUGCUCCCCGAGAUGUGGUUCCUGUCUUGGUCUCCAGCCGAUUUGUCCGUCUCAGCUGGCGCCCACCUGCAGAGGCAAAAGGGAACAUUCAGACCUAUGCAGUCUACUUUUCCAGAGAAAGCAUCAAGAGGGAGAGAGCAUUGAAUACCUCCCAAUCUGGGUUGUUGCAGCUUACAGUGGGGAAUCUGAAACCUGAAGAGACCUAUACAUUCCGAGUAGUGGCAUACAAUGAAUGGGGACCGGGAGAAAGUUCACAGCCUAUCAAGGUGGCAACACAACCUGAGUUGCAAGUUCCUGGACCAGUAGAAAACCUCCAGGCUGUCUCUGUCUCACCUACUUCAAUUCUUAUCACAUGGGAACCACCUGCAUAUGCAAAUGGCCCAGUGCAAGGGUACAGAUUGUACUAUACAGAAGGACCAACUGGGAAAGAACAGACCAUAGAAGUUAAUGGUCAGUCCUAUAAGUUGGAAGGUCUGAAGAUAUUCACAGAAUACACUCUCCGCUUUCUGGCUUACAAUCAUUAUGGUCCAGGAGUAUCGACUGAAGGCCUGACAGUUAGGACCCUUUCAGAUGUGCCAAGCGCUUCGCCUCAGAAUAUCUCUUUGGAAGUAGUGAACUCAAAGAGCAUCAAAGUGAGUUGGCUACCCCCACCAUCCAGCAUGCAAAAUGGAUUUAUCACUGGCUAUAAAAUACGGCACAGAAAGACAGCUCGCAGGGGUGAGGUAGAAACAUUGGAGCCAAAUAACCUCUGGUAUCUGUUUACAGGUCUUGACAAAGGAAGCCAGUAUAGUUUCCAGGUUGCAGCUAUGACAGCCAAUGGAACGGGACCUUCUUCAGACUGGUAUACUGCAGAAACUCCAGAGAGUGAUCUUGAUGAAUCUCAGGUGCCUGACCAGCCAAGCUCUCUUCACGUCAGGCCUUUGUCAACCAGCAUUGUAAUGAGCUGGACACCACCAUUGAAUCCAAACAUCAUUGUACGUGGCUACAUCAUUGGCUAUGGGGUAGGCAGCCCCUACGCCGAGACAGUCCGGGUGGACAGCAAACAGCGAUACUAUUCCAUUGAACAUCUGGAACCAAGUUCCCAUUAUGUCAUAUCUCUGAAAGCAUUCAACAAUGCUGGGGAAGGAGUGCCUCUUUAUGAGAGUGCUACCACCAGAUCACUGACAGAUCCCAUUGACCCAUUAGAAGUUGAUUUUUAUCCUUUGCUUGAUGAUUUCCCUACCUCAGUCCCAGAUAUCUCCACCCCCAUGCUCCCACCAGUAGGUGUCCAGGCUGUUGCAUUAACCCAUGAUGCUGUGAGGGUCAGUUGGGCAGACAACUCCGUUCCCAAGAAUCAGAAGACCACGGAAGUUCGGUUUUACACAGUGCGAUGGAGAACCAGCUAUUCUACAAAUGCUAAAUACAAGUCAGCAGAUACAACAGCCUUGAGCCAUACAGUGUCUGGUCUUAAGCCAAAUACCAUGUAUGAGUUCUCUGUCAUGGUGACCAAAGGUCGGAGGUCAAGUACAUGGAGCAUGACAGCUCAUGCUACAACAUAUGAAGCAGCCCCGACCUCUGCUCCCAAGGAUUUGACAGUCAUUACCCGUGAGGGCAAGCCUCGAGCUGUAAUUGUCAGCUGGCAACCUCCAUUAGAAGCCAAUGGGAAAAUUACUGCUUACAUUCUGUUCUACACCUUGGAAAAGAAUUCCCCCAUUGAUGAUUGGAUCAUGGAGACCAUCAGUGGAGACCGACUUACGCAUCAAAUUAUGGAGCUGAACCUGGAUACAGUAUAUUACUUCAGAAUACAAGCUCGAAAUGCCAAAGGGGUGGGACCUCUCUCUGACCCUAUUCUCUUCCGGACUCUGAAAGUGGAACAUCCUGACAAAAUGGCUAAUGAUCAAGGUCGUCAUGGAGAUGGAGCCUAUUGGCCUGUUGACACUAAUUUGAUUGACAGGAGCAGCCUCAAUGAGCCCCCCAUUGGACAGAUGCACCCUCCACAUGGAAGUGUAACCCCUCAGAAGAACAGCAAUCUUCUUGUCGUUAUUGUUGUGACUAUCGGGGUCAUCACUAUCGUUGUGGUCGUGAUUGUGGCUGUGAUUUGUACAAGGCGUUCAUCAGCACAGCAACGAAAAAAGCGUGCUACUCAUAGUGCUGGCAAAAGAAAGGGCAGCCAGAAAGACUUGAGACCUCCAGAUCUUUGGAUACACCAUGAAGAGAUGGAAAUGAAGAACAUUGAAAAGCCAUCAGGCUCUGAGCCACCAGGAAGAGUCUCACCAAUCAAGAGCUGUCAAGAAAUCACUCCAGGCAGCCACAGCCAAUCUGAAACUCAGAUGGGCAGCAAAAGUGCCCCACAAUCUGUUCCUGACACAGAAGAAGUGGGAAGUAGCAUAUCCACAUUGGAACGUUCUCUUGCAGCUCGACGAGCAACCCGUGCCAAGCUCAUGAUUCCUAUGGACUCACAGCCCAGCAAUCCUUCUGUUGUCAGUGCCAUCCCAGUGCCAACACUAGAAAGUGCCCAGUAUCCAGGAAUCCUGCCAUCCCCCACCUGUGGAUAUCCGCACCCUCAGUUUACUCUCCGUCCUGUGCCAUUCCCAACACUUACAGUUGAACGGACCUUUGGAACAGGGAGAACAGUGAGUGAAGGACCAGCCACACCACAAAGUUCCAUGUUACCGCAAACACAGCCUGAACAUCCAAGCAGUGAGGAACCUCCAAGCAGGACUAUUCCUACUGCAUGUGUCCGGCCUACACAUCCCCUCCGCAGUUUUGCCAACCCCUUGCUACCUCCGCCACUGAGUGCAAUAGAACCGAAAGUCCCUUAUACACCACUUUUGUCUCAAGCAGCACCCAAUCUUCCCAAGGCUCAGGUUAAGACAGCAUCCCUUGGACUAGCUGGAAAAGCACGAUCACCUCUGCUUCCUGUCUCAGUACCAACAGCUCCAGAAGCCACAGAAGAGGGUCACAAACAAACAGAAGAUCCUGCUAAUGUAUAUGAACAGGAUGACCUUAGUGAACAAAUGGCAAGUUUGGAAGGGCUAAUGAAGCAACUUAAUGCCAUCACAGGCUCAGCUUUCUAAAAGGAGUUGGCCAGGAACAUUGCAGCAUACCAGCCUUUCACAAAGACCACAACCCAAAGUCACAUCUCCAUGAAGGCCACCAGUACAUCACGGACCCCACUCGAAGGAGGAUCUCAUUGCCCCCCCUCCCCAGACAACAUUGUGUGUGCUUAUCAGUCCAGCAGAAGUCAGAAAUAGAGAUGGAAGAACAAUCCUCUGAAGCAAAAACCCACUGCACAAAAGCUGAGUGCCUCCAAGUGGACAGUUCUGCCCCACUGGCCUUUGUAGCAUGCAGGGAAGAGUCAUGCUAAUGGUCUGCUCCACACAUUACCUUCUUCUGGUUGCUGUUAAUUACCAACACUGGUCUCCCUCCCUGUGGGAGAUGCCACCAUCUUCAUCCUAAAUCAAAUUCAAAGUGAAUUUCAGUCUACUUCCUCAAGUGAAACCCUGAGCAACUUUAGGGAAGCAUAAUAUGUUUCAAAGAGACUAGCAAAAUUUGGUAAUCUGUACAUGGAGUUCAAGAGGUUAUCUUCUGCUAACAAUGAAUCUUCAUUACAUGCUAUGCCUGCAA